AUGGAGGCAAGCAGAUCAGAAAUUUCUGCAGCUGAUGAAAGCGAGGAAGUAACAUAUACUUCUGUCAAAUUCUCUCAGACUCCUCCUCCAAGGGCCAAAGCUCCACAGGAGAAAAGAGCUCCCUGUCUGUGGUCAGCAGCUCUGAAGGGCUUGGCCAUAGGCUUUGGCACACUGAGCAUCUCCCUGGCAAUUGCUUUGAUUUGGAAGAUGAAUGUCUGCCACGCACACUGCCCUCAACAGUGGGUGGCCUACAGAGGGAGCUGCUACUCCUUCUCCACGGAGAAGAAGGACUGGAAUUCCAGCCAGGAAUCCUGCAGGGCACAGGGAGCUCACCUCCUGGUGAUCAGUGAUACCUUGGAGAUGGAUCUGUUCAAGCGUAUUCAAGCAGAAUGUUUCUGGAUUGGACUGAGGAACAGUACAAGCUCUGGAUGGAUUUGGGAGGAUGCAUCUGUAUUAAGUGAUGCCAGGGUCCACUCUAACAGCCCUGUGCAAAAUUGUGCUGUCCUGAUGAAAGAUCAGUUUCAUGCCUCCAGCUGUGAAGUCUUGGCUCCGUGGAUCUGUGAGAAAACACUUAGAUAAAUCCCAUGUGCUUUUUC